CCCUUACAACACCAGCGAACAUUCCAUUCCACACGCCGGCGCGUACCUCCCAGGAGACUUGCGGACACUACGUGGUCCAGAAAUGGCUGUCGCUCCCGAUGCUCUCCUUUGGCCGCCUUCAACAUGACCACUGUGGCGGUGCCCAAUCUCUCCAGCCAACCUGCCUUUGAAGCCAGCGAGCGAAUCUCAAUUGCCAGCCUCAGUCCCACCACGACUGGUGCAGCUUCCUAUAUCCUCGCCAGCGUCGCACUGGUCUGGCCAUACUCUAGUUCUACAAGGACUCUCGCGUUGCUGCUGGCAGAUUCGGAUAUUCCAGUGCGGAAACCUCGCGGGCAGGUGAAAGUGAUCUUCCACGAUGGCAGUGCUCGAGAGGUUGCAAAGACGAAAGUUGGCAUAGGCGACCUCCUGCACCUUGGCCUCGCUGGCUGCAAAUGGCAAGAGAACAAGGACAAUAUAUCCACCCCAGGAAAGAAGAUCAGCUGGAACUUGGUAUUCCAGGGCCAGGUCACUGCCGAGAUCCUGCGCGACAAUGCUGAAGCGACUACCAUAAAUUAUACUGCACAUGAUGACCACCUUGGACCAGGAAAUAGUAUUUUAGAAACCCUUGAUACCCUCCAAGAUGCGACUCCUAAGCGAAAUGGUUCAAUGGGCCACGAACUAAGCACGAUACAUGUUCCUCUCAUAACGCCCUCAAGAUCUGGCAGAAGAUAUUCCGGAAAGACAUUCUUCGACACCUCGCUCGAUAUCUUUACCGAUGAUGAUGGCUAUGUGGCGGGCCAUGGGCGCAAACGCACGAAGUUCGCGAGAGACAGUGGAGGAUGGAACCUCGUGGACAUGGAUGAGGACGCAGAACCCAUCCCAAGAACACCACAGCCUCCAGUCUCCACGACAGAGGAAACAGGUACAACUGCCCCAACAGUUGGUCUGCCCAGUGAGAUGCAGGCUUCUACACCAACGGGCGGCGUCCCCAAUGAGGAGUCACUAGGGAGUCACACACGAGACAAUGACCAAGUUCACCUACUUGAUAACGAAAUUGGCAGCCUCGGAAGUAGUGGUGGCAACCCCAGCAGCGCCGCACAUCAGUCAGGCUCUCAAAUACGCUCCCCAAGCCGAGAGCCCAAGUUGACUUCCAUGGGUCCCCCACAGACGCCAAUGAGGAUUCCACAUCUUCCUGCACGUGUUAUCGAUGCCACUACACCAACCGAAACAUCCUCUAACGCGACGACUACCCCCAGACUACAUCCCCUCGCAUCACCGGGCCUUCCUCUGGUAUCUCCAUUGAUCCAAAAAUAUGGUGUCGAGAUUGGAUACUUUCCACCGUUUGAGGAUGGCGUAUCUCAAUUAGAUGCCUCCGGCACGAGUACAGCCGAGGACGAAAGUAAUGAUCGAACGAAUUCAUUCAGUAGUUUUCGUGAAGGGGUUUCUACUCACAUUGUGGCUCAUGAAGAACACCACGACGGCGUCGAAGCUCCAGGAGCUCCAACAACUGAAGACGACUCGGACGGGUCACUUGUGGUUCUAGACUCCUUUCCGAAUCAACAGCCUGCUUCGACUAAACAGAUCUUGCAGCCGCCGAUGGAUGAGCAGUCUAGUGCGAUAGCAGUGAAUCAUCACCAUGGCUCCGAAUCAGUUGGUGAGACUGCAGACCACCACUAUGAUCCCGAGAACCCUGCUAGCACUGCAACUGAAUUAUGGCUGUCAAAUACAGAGUUAGCCAUUGAGGAAGGUCGUUUUCAGCAAGAACACGAGUUGACCUCCCGCCACCUUGAAUCAAGUACCCCACAGAUCAUUGAGAUAGAAGACGAUGAUCUUUAUGGAGCGCCGAGCGAUGUCGCACCUAGAAGUCCUCCUGUCAAUACCCAAGACAUCUCUAGAGACCAGCAGAAAAGUGCUCUCGAUGUGAUCGAAGAAUUUCUCCAGAUAUCGCCUGUCCAGCCCUCCGGCACUGCUACUGCUUGGGGUAACAAGGCCAAAAUCUUGGAGACGUCACCAUCGAGAGAGAAUUCAGAACCAUAUAUCGAGAUGGAAAGCACGUACACUACUGUCGAACACACCCCCUUUCCUUUCCUCGUCGGAGGUGGCUCAACGCAACAAUCGCAACCUCGGCUGGCAGGCUCUGAAUCAUCACCCCGUAGUUCUCCAGCGAUGCCCACGCAGAAUCAUUCAAUGGAUGGCAAUGUUGAUGAACGGGAGACUCUCGCUGUGAUUGAGGAGCAGGCUCUUGACCAUGCAACUUUCCAUCUCGAAGCACAUACGACAGAGCGGCAGCGACUAGUCAUCAGCGAUGAUAUACCGGAACUGGCCAUAGCCUCUGCAGAGGCUGCUAAGGAUAUUGCGAUGACCGAGGCACGAGAGAUGACAUCCGAACAAGUCGAAAAUUCCCUUCCAGCUCUCCAAUCAUCCAACGUACUUCCAACACCGAAGAUCGACUUGGCAUCUGCAGCCUUGACAUACCUGGAAGAUGGCGAUGCCAGAUUGGGCAGUCCGCCGGCAAGUCAUGAGGACAGCCACGCAGAGCUAGUGGCAGAGAUCGAAAUUUCACCUGUCGGACAGGAGCCUGUCGUUCGAAGUCGCGAAGAUAUUCGUGUGCGUGAUAGGGACGACGAUUCUGUCGUUGAAGUGGGUCAAGAUGUUUCUUCAAGAGAUGUUGUCCAAGAGUCUUUCAAUAGCGUGACGAGUGUUGAAACACCUGCACAAUUACCCACUCCGGAUCAUACUCAACCGGACCAACUCGCUGUCAACGCCAGGCGCAUAGCAUCAUCACCCGAGUUGCAAACAACGACGACUCUUGCUGAGCAUCAACCCCAAGGUGACUCAAUUGCACCUUCCGGUGAAGGACCCAUCGGUUCUGCCCAAGAAGGAGCGGACUCUGGUACGGCGGUCUCACAAAUUCAAGAGGAAAUUGAAACAAAUGUACCACGUCGCCUCUCUCAGCGAUUAUCAACCAGAAGAUCUGUGAUGCCUGCCAAUAUCUCCAGUCCAUACUUUACACCUCGCCGGUCGGCUCGAACCUCGUCGCCCACAUCUUCACAAAAGGAAAAUGUAAAGCCUUCCACAACAUCCCCCUCCAACUUGCCGUCCUCUCCUACACAGGCUCAUCGUACAUCAAACGAGACUAUCGACAUAUCAAUAGCUGCGAAAGGAGGUGGCGGCACGAUUGUCAGUGCGCAGCAAGAGCCUCAUUAUCCCAUAUCCCGGACGACCGGCAUAACGACACAACAUGCAUACUACCCUCCUCUUGCUUCCCUGGAUGAGCACUUUAACCAUCUUGUUGAUGUCAUUGGGGUGUGUGUAGAUGACUCCUUCCAACCGGAACGUGCGAAAUCGGGUCCGAGGGAGUAUUUCACUACACUACGAGUAGCAGACUCAUCGUGCAAGCAGGAUGGGGUCAAUGUGCGCGUGUUUCGCCCAGUCAAAACAGCACUUCCAAAUACACGACGUGGCGACGUCGUCCUGCUCCGAGAUUUUAAAUCGCAGACCUUGAACCGAAAGUUCAUGCUGCUGAGCACUGACACCUCGUCGUGGGCGGUCUUCUGCUCCACCGAAGGCGAGACAUCUCGCCGGUUCGAAGUUCUUGUCACCGGUCCUCCCGUUGAGUAUGGAUCAACAGAGGAAGAUUAUGUAGCUCUGCUACGUUCAUGGUGGAGAGACGGUGGCAGCGCCCUGUUUCCUUCUUCAGGUACCACAUCUGAUAUCAAGUCCUCUGGGACCCCGCAUCUCAAGCCUCGCCCUGCGAAUCGACGAAGAAGCAACAGGACGGAUAACAUGGACAAUGAGACUGACCAAAUCGACGCAAACGGAGAAGUAGAGAACGCGACUCCAUUGGCCGACAAGACCAAUGAAAAUGGUCGUGGACCGUCCGUUCAAGGUACGCCUUCCGAGUCCAAAGCGUCCCCGGAGCCAACUUCGCGCCGAAGAGUCGGGUCUAGGCGAUCAGGCAUUCCAACGGAUGAAGUCCAAGACACUAUUCGGACUACACACGUUGGAGACAAGGCACCCGCAGGAACGAAGACGGACGUCAAUGACCGGCGCAGAUCAAUAGCCCCAUCUGCAUCCCUCAGCCCCAACAUCUCCAUGCGCGAGUUCACGCCGCGCAGGAGUGCACGACAUAAGAGGUCCGUCACCCCGGCCGCCGAGGGGCAGGGACACGACGGGGCCAGUUUUGGGAGCAUGGAAAUCCGCGAGGGUAGCGCCUCCGCGGGGCGGAGGGGAUCGACCGUGUCAAUCGCCUCUGCCACGACCCCGAAACCGACGGGCAGGGAGUCUGCCGCGCCCCGACGGAGUGCGAGACACAAGAGCCCCAGCGUGGUGCAUGAGCUUCGGGACGGCACAAAGUACGUUGACAAUGACGAUGGACAGCAGCGGGCCGGUAGUGUCUUGCACGAAUUGCGAGACGGCUCGACGUACGUGGACGGAUAGAGAUGGAAAGGUCACGAUCCCAGACGUGGCCGCCACGCAAGUGAUUAUUCUUAUCUUCUUUCUUUUCGUGUGUACACGCAUACCUCCCUUAGGUAGCCGAAACUUGUACAUCGGAGAUUAUGGCUAGAAACAUGUAGCGCAUAUCCGCUAGUAACAGACAGGAGCGCUGGUUCAGCAUCGGUCGGCUGGAAAAUCCAACAGUAUCACUCAGCAAGAAUCAAUCUGAUCGUCAACGAGAAUACAGGGAUAGAG